GGGCGGCAAGCGCUAUUCCGGCGAUGUCAAGGUCUGCCCCCUCACCAGCAGCGGGGAGCACGGUCGGAAGGGCGCUUUUGUCGCUUUCGGCAACACCGAAUCAUUCUACCGGAACAUGGUCAUGGGGCAUGGGCCCUACUGCGAGGAGGGAGAGGGAGGGGGGGGGAGGGUGGUGGGCGGCGACCGCCGCAUACCGUCCUAUGGCGGCGAGUAUCGCUACGCCAGGGAGGACAAGGACGUCGGCGUGCAGCUGCUGCUGUUCGAGUCGUUCGGUGGGUUCGGGAAGGGGGUUGGCGAGAUCCUGUGGAAGGCGGCGAACGUGCUGCAGAACAAACUGACGCGGGCCCAGUACCUCGAUGAGGCGGCACCCGUGGUGUACCGGCCGCGUAAAUUCUUCUCUGCGGCGCGAAAUCCGCCGCAAGUCAUGAACUCGCUGCAGGGCGCCCUGCUGGCGCUGAUUCUGUGCGCUGCGCUCGUUUCGCUCGGCUCGAUGACCUCGGCGCAGGCGUCGAUGGCCGAGCGGACCGAAGCGGCUGCGCGCACCGAGCAUCAGAUGACGGCCCUCCGGCAGAUGGCGGCGUCGAGCCAGCGGGCAGAGGAGCGGCUGGAUCGGCUUUUGGCCGCGGUGGAGCAGCUGCGAGCGGACGCAUCGCUCCGGCCCAAAGUCGCAGCCACGGCGACGCCCGCCGCUGCCGCGGUCUUGCCGGCGCCCGCCGCCACCGCCGCCACCGCCGCCACCGCCGCCGCCACCGCCGCCGCCGCUGCCGACGACGGCUGCCCUGGGCGGCGUCCCUACCACACCGUGCUGACGGCGACGGGGUCGGUCUAUCAGCAGUGGCAGGCGCGCAUCAUGUACCACCAUUGGAAGAAGGCCUCCGCGGCCGGCGGCAAGUGCACCGACAUGGCGGCCUUCACGCGGCUGUGCGCGACAGCCGGCGGGCGGCCCGACGGGCUCGAAGGCGAGAUCCCGACGCUCUUCACGGUGGAGCUGAGCGCGCAGGUGCUGGCGUCGCACUUCCACUUUGGCGUCCUCAACAGGCCAAACUCGGUCAAGCAGCUGAUGGAGAGCACGACCCUCCUCGCAGAGAUCCGAAAGACGAGUGACUAUGUGCUCAUCCUCGAGACGGACCAC